AGACUUGUUUCCAAGAAUGAACAGACCAAACACAUUAACCAGUAACAAACGAGACACUGCUGUGUUAGACAUUGUUUUAUUAUUGUUCUAGUCUGCUUCUAUAGACAGACUGUAGACAGACUCAUACCAAACCAUUUGUUUUUCAACGAUUCUAGAAUAUAGAUGUGCAGCAUUCGAAAAUCUUAAAGGAAUAAGGGGUGAAACCAACGUGGAUCAAGCGUCUAGGAACACUUGCCUGUUAGACUAAAUACCUAUUACAUUACAGCUGUCACUCCAAUAUUGACUGGCUUAGUUACAACAGAAGUGUCUAACUCAGUUGUGUGUCUUGCUGUUUCCUGAGACAGAACUCCAUACAUACAUGCAGAAAGAAACAAUGAAACCUACAAAAAGAAAAAGAAAAUUGAUAGAUCAAAAACAGGUUUCUUUGAAGUCGAAGAAUAGCCGCCAUCAUGAAACUAAAUAUCUUAAAGGAAAACCUGCCGGUCAGUCUGUACCAAGCAAGUUUUUCGGUAAACAUGAAACCCAGGUCUCAGAACACGGAGAGGUCAACUUGCAUAAACAUGUUAUCAGUUGCAAGAAGAACCCAGGUCAUACAAAAUUCAUACCCAUCGAAUCAUUUUGUUUGAAUCAUCUCCCCAAAUAUUAUCGAGAUGCGGAACUUUAUGACCUUAUCAAAGUAGUCGCUGAACUAGCAGUCCGGGUGGAGGUCAAAGUGACCAGUCCACGUAGAGUAGAGUUUUGGCCAGACUCGGACGCGCCUUACCCAUUCUACAACUCUGUGAGUACGAAAUCGUCACGCUACGGGAGUGGGGAGUUGAUGAAUGUCAUCAAGUGGGCAGAAGGAGCCGGAUAUGACGUCAUCGGCGAUAGGUAUGAGUCCGAUUCCAUGGACUGUCCCUGCUGCAAAUGCCAAGACUGCGGUCAGCCCAGCCGUGUGUGGUGGGAGUUCACAGUGCUUACAGCCACUCAUGUGGUCUUCGAUGACGUGGAGGCUGACCAAACCGUCUGUCGGCUUUUCUAUGACACUCAAAGCAGCCCAGGCACCAUUCUAGACCACGGGAGGAUCUACAGGUCAAGCAUUCGUGAAGACGUCUGCGUUUUAAGCUUUACAACUUGUGAUAACCACGACCUGGGCAACCUUUUAUUCGGGAACGUUGAAAACUGGUUCAAACUUUGGCAGAAGCUGCAAGAGAAGUUUGAACGAUCUAGAUUCACCUUUAUAGUGUCCCACCCCCAUGGUUGUCCAAAGCAGGUCAGCUUCGGUCAGUGGGUUCAUAAUUACGUAGUGGACAGAUCCAGUGACCAGAGAGACAUGAGCAAGUUGACCUACACCACAUGUACAUGUCCAGGCAGCAGUGGUGCAGGGGUAUUUUGUGUGGGCUUUGGCGAACAUGUGCAUAGUGGGAGUUUUGACACUAAACUUAAUGUCAGUGGCUUUGGUUUUUCUAACUGGAACUAGUUGGAAAGUUAUUUCUCACUAAUGUACAAAGUCUAUCUAUAUAACUAGCAAGUCACAUAUUUAACUCAAAGUAAAUGCAUCUCUCUAUUUUUUUAAAUAUCAUUUUAUUGCCAUUGCAUUCUUCGUUAAUAGAUUGAUUAAAGAGAUUGUCAGAUAUUUUUUAAACAUGUACAUAUCCCAUAUAUUUGAUAGACUUUAUAACUGUGUUGACGCAAUAAAUCUGAACUCAUAAAGUGUGAGAAUAUGGACGAAAGAAAAAUAGACAACGAAAGAGAAUCAGGGGCGAGAAAGGAAGGAGGUCGGAAGAUAUAAGGACAAAUAUAAAAUAAAAAAUCCUUAAAAAAAACAAAACAAACUUAUCUAAGUGAAAAAAAACUCCGCACAUCACUCAAUAAUGUAGAAAUAUUUCUCUUAAGGGAACAAAACCCUACAAAUGUAGCCAUAGCAGUGAAUGCUAUAGGAUUAAUUCCCCUUGUGGGAUGAUACAAAUCAAUCAAUUACCAUUAACUAAUUUACUAAUUGGCUAAAUUUUUGUAUUGAUUCAUGUCUUGCCUAUGCAGUGAAUACAUGUGUAAAGUUUCAACUUGAUCCGAGGAUGAUUGUGGGAGACAGAGCAUGAUCACACUGUUUACCAGAGGGAGUUGAUAUAGGCCUAAGCUUUGUUAGAAGCAUGGAGACAGAGCAUGAUCACACUGUUUACCAGAGGGAGUUGAUAUAGGCCUAAGCUUUGUUAAAAGCAUGGAGACAGAGCAUGGUCACACUGUUUACCAGAGGGAGUUGAUAUAGGCCUAAGCUUUGUUAGAAGCAUGGAGACAGAGCAUGAUCACAUUGUUUACCAGAGGGAGUUGAUAUAGGCCUAAGCUUUGUUAGAAGCAUGGAGACAGAGCAUGAUCACAUUGUUUACCAGAGGGAGUUGAUAUAGGCCUAAGCUUUGUUAGAAGCUUGGAGACAGAGAGAAACAAAGUGGGAAAAAUAAUAGGCAAAGAAAUUAAAGAAAAACAGUAAUAGAAAUAUAUCAAAAGUUGAGUUUUAAACCCAACUCUCUAACUUGUCUGGCGCAGUGUUUUUAUUCCUGGAUGUUAAAUGAGUACAGAAGAAAAAGCACGACUUAACCCUUAAAGUGCUGAGCUGUUUUACAGUGAGUGCAUAAACAAUGGAAUUACAAUUCUGAUGUUUAAAGGCUAAACUACCGCACACGUUUUAAGGGUUAAAGGUUUCGUGAAGUUUGACUCUAAAACUUUUUAACUUUUU